AUGGACGUCGUUCUUGAAGUAUUUGAUUCGCUUGCCUUUGAUUACUUAUACGCUCUUGCAUUGCCGGGAUUGGAUUCGGCCCCUUUGGUUUCCACCCAAAUUGUCGAUGGCUUAAACAAAACCGUUACAACAGAGGGUAACGGGUUCAUAUACCACCCCGCCUCACAAUAUUUGAAUCUCGAACCCUCUAAGUAUGCAUAUAUGAGCUCUUUAACCCGUGAUGAUCCAUACAGGCAAGCCUUUUCGCUGUUCAUCAUCACUUGGAUCUUUGGUGUCGUUUUGUACUUCGUCUUUGCCAGCCUUUCGUAUCUCUUAGUUUUUGAUAAAACGACCGUCAACCACCCGAAAUACCUCAAAAAUCAGAUGCGCCUUGAGAUUGCGCAGACUAUGGGCGCUCUGCCGAUAAUGGCGAUCCUGACAGUACCUUUUUUUCUUGCAGAGGUCCGAGGCUUUGGAAAAAUGUACGACACUUUUGAUGAGGCGCCGUUUAAACUCUACAACGUUAUUCAAUUCCCCUUUUUCUUUAUGUUUACCGACUUCUUAAUCUACUGGAUCCACCGCGGCCUGCAUCACCCGUUGAUCUAUAAACGCUUGCACAAACCGCACCAUAAGUGGAUCAUGCCAACGCCAUUUGCAUCCCAUGCAUUCCACCCUGUUGAUGGCUGGGCGCAAAGUUUGCCAUAUCACAUCUUUCCUUUUAUUUUUCCGCUCCAGAAAUUCGCUUAUGUGCUCCUCUUCAUGGCAAUCAACAUCUGGACCAUCCUCAUUCACGAUGGCGAGUAUGCAACCAACAAUCCUGUCAUUAACGGUGCAGCGUGCCACACAAUGCAUCAUCUAUACUUUAACUAUAACUAUGGACAAUUUACGACCCUAUGGGACAGACUCGGCAAUAGUUACCGCAAACCAAACGAUGAAUUAUUCCGCCGUGAAACUAAGAUGGACAAAUCCGAAUGGAACCGUCAAGUCGAGGAGAUGGAAGCUCUCGUGAAAGAAGUCGAAGGUGACGAUGAUCGUCAGUAUUUGCACGACGAGGAUAAGAAAAAGAACAUUUAA